CUUUGCAGUUGAUGGAAAAUGAUGUGGUUGCUGUUAUUGGACCACAAUCCUCUGUCGUCGCACACUUAAUUUCUCUCAUUGCAAAUAAUCUUCAGGUACCACUCCUCUCGUUUGCUGCAACAGACCCAACACUUUCUCUUCAAUAUCCUUAUUUUGUCCGCACCACACAAAACGACUACCACCAAAUGUCUGCCAUUAGUGACUUGGUUUUCUAUUUCGAUUGGAAAGGAGUCAUUACCAUAUCUGUUGACGACGAUUAUGGUAGAAAUGGGAUUUUGGCCUUAAGUGAAGCCCUUUACAAGAAACGAGCAAAGAUUUAUCACAAAGCUUCAAUCACUCCAGGUGCAUCUCAAAGUGAGAUCACUGACCUACUAACAAGAAUCAACUUGAUGGAGUGUCGGAUUUAUGUCAUUCACGCAAGUCCUGACUCUGGUCUUGAUAUUUUCACCGUGGCAAAGAAACUCGGGAUGAUAACUAGUGGUUAUGUUUGGAUUACCACGGAUUGGCUUCUGGCGGUUUUGGACUCAAUGGAUGCCCCGGAUGCUAUGUUGAUGGAUAACAUACAAGGGGUUAUCUCUUUUCGACCACACACUGCAGAUUCUGAUCUUAAAAGAACUUUUUCAAAUAAAUGGAAGAGUAUGAAAGACAAACAAACACCAAGCUUUAACGCAUAUGCUCUGUAUGCUUAUGAUUCUGUAUGGUUACUUGCACAUGCUCUCGAUACAUUCUUGAAAUCCAGUGGAAGUAUCACAUUCACUAAUGUUUCUAAACACGAAAACAUGAGUGGAAGUAAAAUUCACCUUUCAGCCCUUAGAAUAUUUAAUGAAGGAGAGAAGCUGCUCAAAACAAUUCUGGCCACAAAUUUCACGGGUUUGACAGGUGAGGUAAAGUUUGACCAUCACAAGAACUUGAUACAUCCGGCUUAUGAUAUCGUAAACAUAGUUGGAACUGGUUUACGAACUAUUGGGUAUUGGUCAAAUUAUAGAGGUCUCUCAAUAACUGUUCCUGAAUCAUUGUAUGGAAAGACGUCAAAAAACUUUACUAGCGAUCAACAUCUUUAUAGUGUCAUUUGGCCUAGUGGAAUGAGUAAAAAGCCUCGGGGAUGGGUCUUUCCCAAUAAUCAAAAGCCUUUGAGAGUUGCUGUGCCGUAUGGCAAUAGUUACAAAGAACUUGCAACAAAAGACAAGUCUCCUCAAGGGGUAAGAGGAUAUUGCAUUGACGUCUUUGAAGCUGCUCUUAACUUACUUCCUUACCCCGUCACUCCAGAGUAUAUUUUAUACGGUGAUGGUCAAAUAAACCCAAGCUAUAACAAUCUUGUUAGAGAUGUUGCAGAAAAUAAGUAUGAUGCUGCAGUUGGUGAUUUUAUUAUCACUGCAGAAAGAAAGAAGUUAGUUGAUUUUACCCGGUCUUACAUGGAAUCUGCACUUGUCAUAGUUGCUCCUGUCAACAAAUCAAAACCCAAUACAUGGGCCUUUCUUAGGCCGUUCACCAUUGAAAUGUGGCUGGUCUCCUUUGGUUUCUUUCUUUUCGUUGGAUUCGUUGUCUGGAUUCUCGAGCAUCGAUUAAAUGAUGAAUUUCGUGGACCACCCAGACGACAAAUUAUCACAGUUUUAUGGUUAGUAUCAAAACGACAAAAUUUAAAAUGGGCUUUUACAUAUGCAGGGGAGAAGACUGUGAGCACUUUCGGACGAUUUGUAUUGCUCUUGUGGUUGUUUGUAGUUUUUAUAAUAACUUCUAGUUAUACAGCUAGCUUAACAUCAAUCCUCACGGUACAACAACUAACUGCAAGCAUUGAAGGGAUAGAUGGCUUGAUAUCAACCAAUGACCCGAUUGGAGUUCAAGAUGGAACUUUUGCUUACAAAUUUUUACUUGAAGAGCUCAAUAUCGCCAAGUCUAGGAUCAAGCUAUUGAAUGAUGAGGUGGAGUAUUUAAAUGCACUUCGCUUAGGUCCACAAGGCGGUGGUGUAGCAGCCGUCAUUGAUGAACUUCCUUAUGUUGAGCUCUUCAUGCGUUACACCAAUUGUGAGUUCAGGAUCGUCGGUCAAGAAUUUACUAAAAGUGGUUGGGGCUUCAAAAUUAGAAUGUUCGACUUCAAAAGUCAAAUUGUCUUGCAGGUAUUCAAAAAAGAUUCUCCUCUAGUAGACGAUCUAUCUACAGCGAUCCUCCAGCUUUCAGAAAACGGAGACCUACAACGAAUCCACGACAAAUGGCUCUCUUCGACUGCUUGCUUGACUCAAACUACCGAAGUUGAAGGAAAAAAUCUGUCGCUAGAAAACUUCUGGGGUCUAUUUCUCAUAUGUGGUGUCGCAUGCUUUCUUUCUAUGAUCAUUUUCUUUGGUAUGAGAUUAUGUGAGUACCGCCAGUUCUACAAUGCUGAUGAAGAACAAACCCGUGAGAUAGUAGAAUGGGACUCAAGAACACGCGACAGCAGAUGGUCCUGCUGUUCAACUAACUUCAAGAAAAUGAUUCAUUUCUUUGAUACAAAAGAGGAAGACAUCAGUCAUACGCUUUCUCGUAACAAGAGUGAACCUACAAUGGACCUGGAAACAUAGCUAGUGGAGUCGUGAUACGCAUACUACCAACGAAGAAGGAGAACAGAUCGAUUAAACUUUAUACUAGUACUAUUUAAAAUAUUACGUUUAGUUAGAAAAGUUGUAGUUGA